AUGGCACGUGUCACCAUGAAAAUAAAGGUUAGUUCUCCUCUCGCCUCACCAAUUGUCAAAUGGAAACCGCCCCCGUUGUCUUGGGUCAAAGAAAAUUUUUAUGCCAGUUUCUUGCAUGGAAAUCAACUUGCAUGGUCAGGGGUGAUUAUACGAGAUGUAGAUGGGUUAAUUUUGGGUGCUUGUCGAAGGAAAGUUGACAUAAUCACCUCGAGUUUUGUUGCGGAAACGGUGGCUGCUCUCCAUGCGGUUCGACUGUCUCUUGAUCUGGGUUUUACCCAAGUCAUUGUAGAGGGAGAUUGUCGCUCUGUGAUACAAAGCUUGGCGUCGUCGAUGGCGGACAGGUCAAAAAUUGGCAUAUGGGUUCAUGAGGGGAGGAAACUAGCUACGCCCAUUCGUGCAUGCCGGUUUCAACAUGUUCCUCGCAUCGGAAAUAAGGCGGCACACCUCUUAGCCUCCUUUAAUAGUACUAGUACAUAG